AUGACAGGUGCUAACUCUCCGCGCUUCAUUGUAGCUCGGUACCUGCAAAGCCAGGGCUAUCAACAGACGCUUGAGACCUUCAUCACAGAAACAGAUCUUUCCCCGGGUGCGGCAACGACCAAUCCCGGUGACUGGGAUCUGGAGGAGAUCAUCAAGGAGAAGAGUCUCUUCGAUCAGAACCUCAACUUCGAGAAGGACUCGGCCGCCACAAGGACCGGUUGGUCGGAACCAUGUCCGCAGCAUCCUUCGCAGCCAGAAGGCGCCAAUCUGGCAAAUGGCCUUGCCGUCACUGCUGACCCCAAGUCUGGCUCUAUCAUCGCAUCCUUCGUCAACAAUACUGUGGGGUUUUGGGAUACAGCUCGCCCGGUAGUCCCAACUCUGGGUAUCCUCUCCGCCGGCCGUAAUAUUUUGUCGCUUGCCGCUACCGAGCAGUUUUUGCUCACCAGUCAGAUGGAUGGCUCAGUCUCGAUUCACGAUAUUGGGACGUUUCGAACCCUUGCCACUAUCAAAGCGCACAGCAGCUAUGCAGUUCAAGUAGUCCCCACAUGGGACAAUGGUAACCUGCUCGUCGCCACUGCUGGCUGGGACAAGAAAAUCAGCAUCCACUAUCCCCAGAUACGAGAUCAACCGAGAGACGCUGAAGCAGCCCCGUCCGCCAUCACAUUCCCAGCUACAUUCACCACCCUCUCCGCUCCCCACAACGUCCAAUCACUCAUCUUCGCCCGCCACCCGGACACCUCCGCCCUAUACCUCAUCUACACAGCCCGCGACAGCAUCUACCUCCACUACGUACUAUUGACCCCCAACCCCGCGACCAACGACUCCCACGAAGCCACCUCCACUCCCUACACCGCCACUCCCGCGGGCCGCCAAUCCCUCGCGCCCCAACAACACGCAACCUGGACCUCCUUCACCCCGAGCUGGAUCGAAGCCUGCCCCACGGACCCCACCCUCCUCGCCAUCGCCACGAGCCACACGCCCAGCAUGAAACUCAUUCUGGCCCGUUUACUCUUCCCCAGCGCAACCUCCACCUCAACCUCCAAUACCUCAUCCCUCCACCCCCAAACAGGCACGCAAGACGAACUGGCCAUCAAGCUCGUGUGCACCACCUCCGCCCCACAAAACGACUACUCCACGCCCCGCUGCGCCUGGCGGCCCGACGGCAGCGGCGUGUGGGUCAGCGGUGACGACGGCGUGGUGCGCGGGGUUGAUGCUGAGACGGGGAAGGUUGUAGUCUCGUUAAAGCCGAGAAAAGAAAAUGGGCGGGGGGAGGGCCUGCUGGGCCAUGAUCCGGGAAGCAAGAUCCGGGCGCUGUGGGCGGGGGUUAUUGGAGAUGAGGAUGUGGACGACGAGGGGCAGGGGCAGGGGCAGGGGCAGGGGCAGGGGAGGAGAGAGGUGUUGAUUAGUGCGGGGUUUGAUAGGAAGGUGUUGAUUUGGGAGGUAGGGGUUGGUGAUGGCGAUGGGGGCGAGGAGCAGGAGGGAUAG